ACGUUCGUAGAGUUUUAUCCAGAGGUUUCUUAUAAAUCGAAUUUUUAAUGCAACUGUUCUAUUAUCAUUUAAAAUGAGUUCAUCUCCAUAUUCCGACGACGAUAGGAAAAUCGACUUUAACCCACUACUGCUGGCGAGCGGCAAUCGAAAAAGUGCUUUCCUUCCGUACAAACCCACGAAUACGGUUCUCACGAACUUGCAGCGUGGAAACACCGAGGCAAGCAUCCCCAGCGAAAUAUGUUUGAACUUUCAUGAGAAAACCGGCCAGGGUGAAAUCACCGAAGAGCAGGUACGAUCGGAGAGGUCGGUCGAUUUGCCGGAUUCCAAUUGUUUUACGCCACUGCAUUGGGCUUGCUACUACGGUCAGCUAACUUCAGCUCAAAUUUUAAUCAACUGUGGAGCUGACGUGAAUCGUCAGGCUAUCGAUAUGAUUACGCCACUUAUUCUGGCCGCAGCCGGCGGCCACCAUGAAAUCGCUCGGUUAUUGCUCCAAAAGGGUGCCAAAGUGAACCACAUGGAUGUGAUUGGCAAUUCGUCCCUGAUGUAUGCGGCAGCCGGAAACCAUCCGCAUACGUGCAAUGAGCUGCUGAGUAAAGGUGCCAAUUUUACCGAUACCAAUGAGGAUGGCGAAACGGCCUACAGCUUGGCCGUGAAGCAGCAAGCUAAUCUUUCGCAAGCCGUAUUGGAAAAUUACAUUUCGACACUGUUGAUGUCGUGAGAGGACUUGCAUGUUAUGUUUUAAGUUUUGAAGUUUUAAAUUUUGAGCAAAAUCAAUAUAAAUUUUUGUCUGUGUUAUAUUUGUACCUGGAUUUAUGUAAUAUAUUAUCAAUUACCACAAUAGCAUAGCACUAAACAAUUUAUUGAUUCGCUGUUACGUUAUAAAUUUGCUGUAUUUUUGUCACUAUGUACUAGUUCUUACUUUGGUUAUUAGAGGGAAUGGCUCUAAUGUUGGCCUAUGGAUCUAAGUUUUGGCCCAUCGCUAAAAAUCUGCUAUUUAUCAAUUUUAUCUAGAU